AGUGGAGAGACUGGCGGCGAUGCGCUCGGACUCCCUGGUCCCUGGUACCCACACCCCGCCUAUCCGGAGGAGGAGUAAAUUUGCCAACCUGGGAAGGAUUUUCAAGCCAUGGAAAUGGAGGAAGAAGAAAAGUGAAAAAUUCAAGCACACAUCAGCAGCCCUGGAAAGAAAAAUAUCCAUGCGACAAAGCAGAGAAGAGCUUAUAAAGCGAGGGGUCUUGAAGGAAAUCUAUGAUAAAGAUGGAGAACUUUCUAUAUCUAGUGAAGAUGGAUCACUGGAGAAUGGUCAGUCCUUGAGCUCCAGCCAGCUUUCACUUCCUGCCCUAUCAGAAAUGGAACCAGUUCCGAUGCCCAGGGAUCCCUGCUCUUAUGAGGUGCUCCAACCCGCAGACAUCAUGGAUGGGACAGUGUCUGAAGAAAGCCCCUCAGCCAGUGAGUCCGGAGCCCUCCUGUCCCAAGAUCCUUCAGCUAAGCCAGUCCUGCUACUUCCCCCCAAAAAAACUGCUGCUUUCCCUGGAGACCAUGAGGAGACCCCAGUGAAACAGUUGCCCCUCCUCAAGCAGCCCCCUGCCCUGCCUCCUAAACCCAUUGCCAGGAUUGCCAACCAUUUAACGGAUCCUGGUGCCCCUGUGAAAUUGCCUUGUUUGCCAGUGAAACUGUCUCCUCCGCUACCUCCAAAGAAAGUCAUGAUUUGCAUGCCUUUAGGAGGGCCAGAACUCUCCCUUGCUUCCUAUGCGGCCCAGAAGAGUGCCCAGCAGACCAUGGCUCAGCAUCACCAUACUGUCCUGCCAUCCCAGUUGCAGCACCAGCUCCAGUAUGGCAGCCACAGCCAGCACCUCCCCUCCACCUCCAGCUCACUACCUAUGCAGCCAUCAGGUUGCAGGAUGAUAGAUGAAUUGAAUAAAACACUGGCUAUGACCAUGCAGCGACUGGAAAGUUCUGACCAGCGAGUGCCCUGUUCUUCUUCCUACCACAGUUCCAGCUUACACUCGGGUGAUGGCAUCACAAAAACAGGACCCAUGGGUCUUCCAGACCUAAGACAAGUGCCAACUGUUGUGAUUGAAUGUGAUGACAAUAAAGAAAAUGUGCCUCAUGAAUCUGAUUAUGAAGACUCCUCCUGCCUGUACACAAGGGAAGAGGAGGAUGAGGAUGAAGACGAAGAUGAUGACAGCUCGUUAUACACUAGUUCUCUGGCUAUGAAAGUGUGCCGAAAGGAUUCCUUGGCCAUCAAGCUCAGCAACAGACCUUCCAAGCGAGAGCUAGAAGAGAAGAACAUUUUGCCCAGGCAGACGGACGAGGAGAGGCUGGAGUUGAGGCAGCAGAUCGGUACCAAGCUUACCAGGCGACUGAGCCAGAGGCCAACUGCUGAGGAGUUGGAGCAAAGAAACAUUCUGAAACCUCGGAAUGAACAAGAAGAGCAAGAAGAGAAGCGAGAGAUCAAGAGGCGGCUAACCCGAAAGCUCAGUCAGAGGCCUACGGUUGAAGAGCUCCGUGAAAGAAAGAUUCUCAUUCGCUUCAGUGACUAUGUGGAAGUGGCCGAUGCUCAGGAUUAUGACAGGAGAGCGGACAAACCCUGGACUCGACUCACUGCCGCAGACAAAGCUGCCAUUCGGAAGGAGCUCAAUGAAUUUAAAAGCACUGAAAUGGAAGUUCAUGAAUUAAGUAGACAUCUAACAAGGUUUCACCGACCGUAGCAAUUGAAUUCCACUUGAGUGCUAUGCUGUCUUCAAAACAUGAAUUUAUAAGAACCAUAAGUGCUGGUAUUACUCACUUCUCCCAUUACCAUGUAAAUCUUCUGAACUGCCUUUUUUUAAAAGAAGAGAAAAGAAGAAAAAAUAAACAUAAAUGAGGAUUAUAUAUAUAUACAUAUAUAUAUAUAUAUAUUAUACAUAUCUGUAAACUUGAUGGUUACCAGUCAUCAGACCUGCUGACAUUAACUUCUGACAGUGAAAUACCCCUCACCCCACCCUGGCAGGGCCAAGGACAACAGCUUGGCGUCCUCAUUUUAAGACUUUCUGGCAUGUGGAUGUGUCCUAUUUGUCCAAGCCCAGCUGGUAACUGCAUUCAUUCUGUCUUCAACCACCCUCAUCCUCGCAAGCGUCUAUCACUCAACUCCAAAGAAAGCUGAGGCAAUGGGUUUCUUUCUGGGAAUGACUGUACAAAGUAAAAAAGUUCAGACUGGCCUUUUAAGUAAAGUCCCAAGCACUUAAACCAAACGUGACUUCUGCUUUGGGGAGCACCUUAAGAGGAGGAAACAGUCGGGGAGUGCUGCUCUCAGUGAUCCCUUUCCCUGCACUCCCUGCAUUCCAUCCCUGUCUCCAUCCUCCAUAUACUGAACACAAAGGAAAACCCUUUUCUACCUGAGUUUAUAAUCUACUAUUGGUCACAAGAGGUGUGUGCGCCUUGAGGAAGAGAAAGUUCAUCCUGGGGGCAGCCAGGUGGUGCAGUAUAUAGAGCACCACCCUGAAGUCAGGAGGACCUGAGUUCAAAUCGACCUCAGAC